CCCGUGAAGAGAACAGACUCCUCGCGGAGCUUCUCGUCUCUAGAAACUCGAAAUGACAGGGAGCGUACGUAAGACCCGUCGCAGCUAAUAUCACUUGGUCACGAGUCGAACGAGCCUUUCCUCCAGUCUUUCACGUGCCGAGCGAGCGAUCACAUACAGCCCACGAGAAACUGAAAGUUCUCUAUCCGUCGGCGCGAGUACUCUCGCGUCCUCGUGCCUUUUGUCUUCUUUUCUCGGGGCGAGUCGAUUCUCAACGUGACACGGUACGACGCGCGUGCGACGAUGCGUCCACGAUUAUAAAUCUCUUUCCGAAAUGCCAGCAGGCGGGUUGUAGGUAGUGUUUCCCGACCUACAUGUAACCUGCUGAGGACAAGAGAGGAUAGAAGUGGAAGUGUGCGGAAGGCGAAGAGGGAUAAUAUGAGGCUCCUCUGCGUGGCAAUUGUCAUCGCGAGUGCAACAUUCCUCUUGACAAUAGUCGGUGGCGCUCGUGACGGUCGGGCCGGCAAAGUGUCGAAGCGUGCAAAGCCACUCAACCCCGGCGAAGACGACUACUAUUACGAUGAUUCUGUGGACGAGAGGAACAAUCCGACGAACGAGGCGCCGGCCGUGCCACCCGGAUUCCUGAGCCCGUCUGUGCGGGAGUACCUCGAUCUCGGUAAAUCGAUACCCGGUCGACCGGGUACGGAUUAUCCCGUGCUGGGGAAGGUGCCCUAUACAAAUUUCUACUGCGACGACCAGUCCUUUCCCGGUUUCUUCGCCGAUGUGGAGACGAGAUGUCAGGCGUGGCAUUAUUGCGACAUAGACGGCCGACAGGCAACGUUUCUCUGUCCGAACGGCACGCAAUUCAGUCAGGCGGUCUUUGUCUGCGACUGGUGGUUCAACGUGAGGUGCGAGCUCAGCCCGAAACUUUACGCUAUUAACAGCCGACUAUACGGCACUCCUACCGAGAACCCGACCAGACCUCACCGGCUGAUCACGAAGGAGCUUCUGGAGAAUAUUUUUGUGCGUAGGAAAUGAAGCGAGAGGAAACAGAAAUGUCGUAGAUAGAAAUAAGAGACAGAGAGAAAACAAGAGCAACGAAAAUUUGCGAAACUAUCUAGAGAAGAAGAAUAGGAUCUAUGAAAGCAUACUUAAGCAAGGUCAAAUAGUCAAAUAGUCUUAUGUCGUGAUCCCGUUGCAACUGCACAACUUUGAGAGGAAAAUGAGAAGACGUUCGAGAGCGUCCGAUGAUAGUCGUCGCGAGAUUAUAUCUAGGAACAAUUGGGUCGGCAAAGUCCGAACGAGUAACAGAUUGUCGCGAUACAUCGUGACGAGUCGCUUGAGAGCGCGCUCGAGUCGCUCGAAUCGCGAGACGAGUGUGUUCCGAGGGAAAUUACCGGAAGAUAAAUCUUUGUCCAAUGAAUAUCGAAGCGAUCGGCAACAGAAGAAACGAAGAUCGGCGCUGAGGGAACAAGAAGGAUGAGUAUCUGCUGCGCAUUGUCAAUAAAAGAGAAACCGGAGGUGAAACUCACCCUCUUCGUCUGUCGUUCCUUAUGUCGCGAAAAAGCGUCUUGCACCCGGUUCUUAAUCGUUUAUGAGAUCCUGAGAGAGAGAAUAUGUGUGUAUGUGUGCGUGUGUGUGUGUGAGAGAGAGAGAGGAGAGAAAAAG